AUGGCACGACACGCUUCGAACGUGACGGCAGACCUGGGGCUCCCACUGGAGAUGUCUAUCUUGCAGAGCCUCACCCUUUGGCCCAAUGCCUCAAGACAGGCGAGCUUCGUAGCUCACGAGUUCCGAAGCCUUUUGCGCGCGAAGCCACGCGAUGAGGUCGCUCCCGUGACCAACGCCGCUGGCAGCCUGAAGCGCCCGGGGCCCUGCAUUGAGUACUGGGCUGCUGGCAUCAACUGUUGCGGCCAGAACAAGCCCUUCACGUGCCGGGAGGCCCAGGACCCCAACGCCCAUGGGGGUCUGCUGCUGUCGCCCACAAAACAGGGCGGCCCAGCGAAGAAGUUCUUUCAGAACGCCAUGAAGGGAGCCAGGGACAAGUACGGCCUCAUCGCGGGCAACGACUACCUGCUGCUGGACUGGGUGGCGAAGCCCAUCGCGUUUAGGCCCGAGCUGGCGGCUGGCGCUGGGUAG